AUGGCCAGCCCCGCGCGGGCCGGUUUCCCCGCGCGUAAUAACAGCCGCCUGGACGCGUUCCUGCGGAGGCGUCUGCCGCCCGAGAUCUACAACGCCAUCCGCGCCUACGAGCCGUGCAUCGUGGUGUCCGACACGGGGAAACACACCUUAAAGUACGUGCUGCUCGGUGACCGGCUCAUCUACCUGACCGAGAACCCGCUCCAGUCCAUCCGGCGAGUCGUGGCGCUCCGGAACAUCGCGGCCAUUGACCUGGGGAGGCGCGCGGGCGGGCUCGCGAGAACCCCCCUUCUUGGGGGGGUUCUGUAUGCACUCCGAAUAAAGAUGCUUUUACCGUUCUCAUCUUGUGUACCGGUCAUCCCCUGUCCCCUCAAAUACAGAUUUGGAGAACAUAGCCCCCUAUCAGAAGUACGCUUUGAGGUCAUUCCUAAGUUCAUUAAGCAUCUAGCCUUGCCAAGCACUGGCGAAUGUAAUCACAAAAUCCUUAAGAGUGGAAAAGGGAGACAGAAGAAGAGUCAGCAGCAGAUCAAAGAAGAGAAUAAUGGCCCUGCCUUUUGGAGAGGCAAAAAGCCUAAAAGUUUGAAUGAAUCCCUUUUCAGGUACCACCAAGAGAGCAGCACACCACCAUCCAAGGACUCAACUCUUGGCCCUCCUUCAGACCUCAAGAAGCUGUCCCUUCAUGGCCAAAGUGUGUCCAGGAGGAGCUGUCAGCCCACAUCAGCCACUAGCAAGGCUGUCGGUGUGCCAUUUUGCACCACAAACACAAAAGAACCCCAGGGACUUUCAGAUCACAAAGACUCUCUAAGUGAAAUCCCUUUCAUCAGUGGGAACGGAAAUGAGUUUUACUUAGGAAAUUCCUCCCUGGCCUCCCCUUUACAGAGUAACCCAAACCUAGAGAAAAAGGAGUCAAAACUUCAUUAGUACAUUAUUUCCACAACUUCAUCAAUAUUUCUGCACUUAGAAAGUUCAUGGAACAAUUAUGUUAUAAAAGUUACUCUUUUACAAGAUCCCCUAUAUGUUAGUGAGCUCAGUCCUGCUACUGGAAGUCAAAAGCCAUGUAGAUCUGAGGAGAAAAUUAAGCACUUCAGUCAACUUAAAUCUGAAUUUUUUCUUAAAGACAAUACUUUGAGGAAGAUACUUUGUUUAAUUACAGAAUUUAAAGUAGCAGCCCCGAAAAACUUCAUUCUGAAAAGGCUUUUCUGGAAAACCAGUGACCUUUUUUAUUUCCUAGUAAACAAACUUCAUGAGUACUUGCCAGAGUCUAGGGAUAAGAAUGCACAUCAAAAUAAAAGCCAAAGUGUUGGUGAGCUGGUGGCAUGCAUUGAAAUUAUACAGACUCUGGGACUGAUGUUCAGAGAAACAGAAACUGAGGCAUCACCCCUGAACACAUUGGCAGCUAAGAAGGGAACACUAUUUAACCUCUUGGUAAUUUUAAUUAGCGAGCCUCAGAGUCCAAAAUCUUGUCCUGUGUUUGACAUCCAGUUGGUGGCUGAUUCAGCUUUAGUUGAGAUGUCUUUUGAUGCUGAGUUACAGAAGCUUAUCCUGGAAUACACAGAUACAGCUACAGCACUUUUAUAUGAGAUACUUCUUGUCUUUCAGCAGGGAAAUCUUGGAUUGGGGUCAUCAAAGUUUGCUAUUAGCUGGAUGAUGUCCUUUCUACAAAGUCGUCCUCCCAUAAUUACUUUUGUGGCCAGAAUUGUGAAACGAGUGGUGAAGGGGCUUUCAGCUUCAUUUCAGCUGCUAAGUCCUGGCCAAGCAGUUCUGUUAUACCAGCAGUUUUACAUCCUCAAGAGCUGCCUGCAGUACAGCAAGACUUUAGCUGAGUAUAUUAGGAAUGACUACAGAGAAGAAUUCAGGUACUUUAUUCACAUGCCAGCCUUGGAAAAAAGGCUCCCAUUGUGUUACCCUAUUACCCAACCUACCACUCAACUUUUUCAUGAAGUUCUGAAAUUGGUUGAACAGAAACAAUGCGUGAAAUGUUAAUAAGAGUGUAAAAUGUGAAUUGGGAGUCAACUUAAUAUUUAUGAGAAACACUUUUUGAUUUAAUAUCCAGCUAUUCCUGUGUCCUAUAAACAAAGAUUUUAUUUGAAGGUUCCAUCAAUACCUCUCUAAGAGAAGUGUUUAAAAUUUUUAAAAAUAAAUUUAUUUAUU